AUGCCUAGCCAGCAACCUGUUGCUCCGACCCGUGGCGUGGUCACUGUCGCGUGGCCGGCGCCUGAGCUCACGGAGCAGGCCAUGACAGACAUCACCGCGCUGACAAUGGAAGGCAUUCCGCCGCAGCCGAUGCUGUGGGGCGGCGAUGGCGAGGCUGCACUCCGCAUCGCGCUCUCUGGGCCGAUGCUAGAGUAUCUGACUAUCUCGCUGGCACCGAUGCCCACCUCGCUCGAUCCGCCGCUGGCUGGCAUGCUGGAGCGCUUGCUUGUCCUCAUGGCCGAGGCUGGCUUAUCGCGCAGGGUCUCGAGGCUGACCAUUCUGGGCAACGGGUGGACGGCGAGCUCAUCGCAGUCCGAGCUCUCGCUCGAGGCCACGAUGAAUGUGUCUGCCAAAGUGCUGGCAGCGUGCGCCGGGCUCAUCAUCGAGGCGAGCGUCAACAGCGUGUCGGAGUACGGCUAUCCGUACUACGCCCGGCAGGUUGUGUUUGUGCCGCCGCUGCACAUCUUGCGCAGCGUGAUGGGCGAGGCCGAGAUCGUGCGGUGGGCUGAGCUGAGCGAAGCGUUUAAUCCGACGGCCCGCAUGCCGCACGACUACACUGUCCACCAUCUCCCACCGCCCGCCGUCGACGGCUCGCACCUGUACGAUGGCGCGCCGGUCAAUGUGGCGCUGCCGCAUGGCGUGCCGCCUGUGCGCGGGCAAGUGGUGUGGAUGGGUGCGUUGCCAGGCUGCGACGGCGUUUUUGCCGCAAUCGCCGCCCGCUCCAACCCGAUUCAUCAGUACGCACUCAUGCUCAAGGCGUGGGCUGGAGCAGGACGUGUCGGCUCGGGUCCGGGCGUCUUCUUCGGCCACGGCUCUAUCGCCGGGCAUCAGGUGGUUGAUCCGUGGCGGGUUGGGCCGUGGCAUGUGGUGAUUGCCCGCGCCGAAGCGGUGACGCUUGACGCCCUCAACCAGGGUGUGCUGGGCAUGGACGACUUUGUGGGCUCGCGCCAGCUCCACAAGUGCCCGAUGGCCUGGGCGGGGUGCACCGCCAGUUUCCGUUGCACACUUCGAGUCGCUCGCCACCUCCGGCUCGAGUGCGAGCACGGGAUCAAUGGCACGCCUACGCUUGCUGUCCAGUCGCUGGCCGGCACACCAUCGGCUACCGGCUUGGAUCUGCAUGAUCUGCCGGGGGUGAUGCUGCGGUCGGUGGAUGCAAACCGGCCUAUCCUACUCCACGACCAUGAGCUUACACUGGUGCUCCACGACCAGGCUAGCUGGGCCAGCCAGGUUCGCCGUGCCGACGGAACCUGGAUUGUUGCCAGCGAUGGUGUUGCGCGAUACCUUGCCGGCAGCGCAACCGAGCGCGCUGUUCUUGCCGCGCACUGCGGCCCACACCUGGCGUCACCAGCUACGCUGGCCGAUUCGCGCUUGCCGGAUCUAGCACGCUUGGCGCGUCCACUCACUGGCAUCCUUGCCGAGCUUCCGACCGAGAUCCACUACGCUAUUGCUGCCAUGUGCCCGGCGCCGGCGCUAGCCGCGCUUGCCUCAACCUGCACUUACUUUUGGCGACUCCUUGACGAUCCGCUGCUGUGGCGGCAGCACGCCCGGUACUGGUACGGCAAGUCUGUCUCGUUGGGUCGCUACGCGUUCUUUGGAGGCUGGAGAAUGCUAGCUAUGGACAACAACGCGCUCGCUGACUCGACUUCUUUUUCAAGCGGAGUCUGCCGCACUGGCUGUGGGGAUCCCGGUGCCGAGUAUGCUGCAGCCUGCGCGUCCAAGCUGGAGAGUCGGCGCGAGCGGCGCAACCGCGGCGGCGGCAGCUCGAGUGAUGUGACCACCUCGGGCCGCUCCGUCCGCGAUCAGGUCAGCCAGCCGCACUACGAGCUGCUGCCGUCGCUUCUGGACAUUGCUGACGCCAGCGACGUCGCUGUCGACAGCGAGACCGGCCUUGUCUGCCUCUCGUGGGCUGCAAGCAAACCGAUGUGUGGUUCCGUUCGCCGCCUCGAUGGCGGCAAGGUCCGGUUCUCAGGCCCGGCCCCGCUUGGCGCGGUGUCUUCUGCCGGCCAGCUUUGGUCUGCUGUCAGUUCUGGCAGCUACAACUACUCGUGGACGAAGCCAAGCUUUGGCAGCGAGGUCAAGCUCUUUACUGACACUGGCGUCGCCAAACUCGACGCUGAGCCCCUCGCCGCCAUUGCCAGCUUUGAUGGCUGGUGGUACAUGUACCAAGGUCGCCCGAUGUUCCUGCUGGAGUCCGAGCCGUGAGCCGUGGGCAUGAGCUAUGGGCCGUAAACACCAUUAUUUGCUGA